AUGGAAAAAGCAGUUUCUGAAGUGGCGAAUGAAUGCUGGUCCGCUACCCCUUCGCACCCCAAGUCCACUUCUAUGACCACGCGAGCACACAAAAGUAAAGAGGAGGUUAUUGAGGGAAAGAGUGACUUCAUAGUUCCUCUUGUUGCAAAGAAGACAUUGCAGAUUUGUUCAGCUGUUGCUGAAACAGAGGCUCAACAUGACAAAAAGUAUUCCGUAGGUAUGCUGCUAAAGAGAAGUGGCAAGUCAUUGAAUAAAGAGUGGAAGAAGAAAUACGUUACUCUGUGUGAUAACGGUGUACUGACCUAUCAUCCAAGUUUACAUGACUAUAUGCAGAAUGUGCAUGGAAAAGAAAUAGAUCUCUUGAGAACCACUGUUAAAGUCCCAGGGAAGAGACCACCUCGAGCCACGUCCGCAUGUGCACCCAUUUCUAGUCCAAAAACCAAUGGUUUAUCCAAAGAUAUGAGCAACUUACAUAUCUCACAAAAUGCAGGAAAUGUGACCACUAGUACUUCAGUGUCUCAAAUGACAAGUGGCAUCAGUCUUGUUUCGUUUAACAGUCGACCUGAUGGGAUGCAUCAGCGUUCCUAUUCAGUCUCCAGUGCUGACCAGUGGAGUGAGGUGACAGUUGUUGCAAACUCAGGCAUCAGUAGUGAUACUGGCUUGGGAGAUUCUGUGUGCUCCAGCCCAAGUAUUUCUAGUACCACAAGUCCUAAGCUGGACCCUCCCCCUUCCCCUCAUGGAAACAGAAAAAAGCACCGCAGGAAGAAAAGCACAAGCAAUUUUAAAGCUGAUGGUAUUUCGGGCACUGCAGAAGCCAAACGCAAAGCAUGGAAACUAAAUCGUGUUGGUAGCCUGCGAAAUAUAUACAGCAGCAGCAGCACCAACACUGAAGAACAAGAAGAAAACUUUGAAUUUAUUAUUGUGUCCCUUACCGGUCAGACUUGGCACUUUGAAGCUACAACAUAUGAAGAAAGAGAUGCUUGGGUCCACGCUAUAGAAAGCCAGAUUCUGGCCAGCUUGCAAUCAUGUGAGAGCAGCAAGAAUAAGUCCCGACUGACAAGUCAGAAUGAGGCCAUGGCCCUUCAGUCAAUAAGAAACAUCAGAGGCAAUUCUCGCUGUGUGGACUGUGAGGUACAAAAUCCGGACUGGGCAAGUUUAAAUCUUGGAGCACUCAUGUGUAUUGAAUGUUCAGGGAUACACCGAAACCUUGGCACACACUUGUCACGUGUCCGCUCACUUGACUUGGAUGAUUGGCCUAUAGAACUCAUCAAAGUAAUGUCCUCCAUUGGGAAUGAGCUGGCAAACAGUGUGUGGGAACAAAACACCCAGGGACGCAUUAAACCCUCUCCAGACUCCACAAGGGAAGAAAAGGAGCAGUGGAUCCGGGCAAAAUAUGAACAGAAGCUCUUUCUUGCUCCACUACAAUGCUUAGAGCUUUCCUUAGGCCAACACCUGCUUAGAGCAACUGCAGAGGAAGAUUUGCGAACUGUCAUCCUGCUUCUUGCCCAUGGGACACGAGAAGAAGUAAAUGAAACCUGUGGAGAUGGGGAUGGGCGUUCAGCUUUACAUCUGGCUUGCAGGAAAGGAAAUGUAGUAUUGGUGCAGCUCUUGAUUUGGUACGGUGUUGAUGUUAUGGCCCGCGAUGCCCAUGGAAACAGUGCAUUGGCCUAUGCCAGACAAGCAACGAGCCAAGAAUGCAUUGACAUCCUCCUGCAGUAUGGUUGUCCAGAUGAGCGCUUUGUUCUUAUGGCAACUCCAAAUUUAUCCAGGAAGAACACUAAUAGGAACAACAGCAGUGCAAGAAUGCCUACUAUCAUUUGAAGAAUGUGGUUCUCGUUUUCUGGCAGUACUAACAUCUACAGUCUCAGAUUAUGCAUUACCUUGACAGCUGACAUCUACACGUCUAUAAAAUAUCCCUUCUCCUUUCCUCUUUCUCCAGGGGGAAAAAUUGCCUGGAUAUUGUAAAGAGACAAGAAGGAGAAAAGAGGACUGCAGAAACCAUUUAUUUUAAUAAAAAGAUCUUGAACGAUGAAACUGUACAAGGGAGAGGAAGACAAAGAGGUCAUAGAUUCACUAAUGAUAGCACAUGGCAUGGGACCAUUUGACUAGGGUUUCUCUAGGCGGGUCUGUUACAAGGAUUGCAUGAGAGUUACUGGAGGGAGACAACCGGGAGAAGGCGAGAAGAAACGGUUACUUUCCUUAACUGACAGUUAAGCACAUUAGUACAUUUCACCUCUACCAAACUGAACAUUUGGAUUUCAUUCUCUUUUCCAAAGAGCUUGACGGCAUAAAUCAGAGGCAAGCACAGAGUUUGUCAGGUUUGAAGCUCCUAUGAUGGUAUGUGUCAAAUCAGUUGUAGCUAAUCUGUCCAGGGAGAAUACUGGCUUCAUUACACUUGUAUAGUUGAGUUCUUCCAGCGUUACUGCUGUUUAAUAGAACAUGAUUAGUCAUCACAGAGAAAAAAGCAUAUUAGCUGAGGAGGUAGUUACAUGGCACGCUUCGGUGAUUGCUUGGAUGUGAUUGCAAUAUUCUUAGAAGCAUCAUAUUAUCUCAGACAUGUUCUUUCAAGCCCUUGGAGCCCUCCUUUCUAAAUUCACUGUCAUAAUUUAGUAUCUGUUUAAUUUUUCAGUCCAAAGAGAGAAAAUCAGUUGCUGAGUAUUAUUUGACUGCAGCCUUCUUGGUGUAAAAACAAGAUGGAAAAAAUAAAUAAGAAUAGCUAUGAAAUGCAAAAAAAGGAAUAAUGAAUACUACUAAGAAAAAAAAUACUUCAAAUACCUUUAUGACAAUAACUACGGGAAAAAAGCUAGCUUUUUUCAGUCAUGACAAAUACCUUGUGUCACUUUUAUCAAGGUAAAAGUGUAGAAUUUUGUUUAUUCAUUGCCUAAGUUAUACAGAUUUUGUAUUGUGUUUUUAGGUUAUAUGUAUGUAAAAAUCAAUUAGAAUUUUUAAAUGUUCAUAAAUAUGCAUUGAUUUUUUUACAAGGCAAAUACUCUUUUGUUAAUUUAUAAACUGUAAUUGAUGUGAAAUAAUGUGCAGAUAGUUAGGGUCUAAGGAAUCACAAAUCAUUAUGACAGAUCUUGAAAACAUUCCCAGAAAAUAGAUUUUUAUUCCUUGAUAAAGGUUGUAUCUAUGUUGGCACAGAAAAGGUAAAAAGACAUAUGGUUUGGAAGAACAGUUUAUUGUCUUCCAGAAGCACAAACGUCUUUCAUUGUAUGUUUCAUGAGGCUGUUGUGGAAGGUGACUGGAAACCAUAAGCAUAGUAUGUAAGAAUCAGAGUAUAUUCCCCCUCCCCGGCCAACUUGGCCUGAUGCCCUUCUUUAAAUGAAUUUUGAUUCUUGUGCUCCAGAGACAUCUCAUGGAAUGGGCAGAUUUCAGGGAGAAGGUUUAGAGUUAAUUUCAAAGAACAAUUAAUAUUUGGAUAUUUUAGUAGCACUGGUGCCCUUCUAGCUUGGGGGUGAGUCUAUGAUUUUGAAUAGCAAGGGAGAAGGCUGUUGCCUAGAGAAGAAACUGAAGAGAAAUAGAGAUGCAUGAAGAAUUCUUUUAAAUUAACUGACCAUGCACAAUAAGAAGAGUACACAUUUGCCUGCAUUCUGUAGGUUGUGGGGUUUUUUUGUUUUGUUUUUUUACUAUGGAAUUGUUUAUGUUCCCCUUGGAAAAAAUAAUUAGACCACAUAAAAUUGGAAUUAAAUUUAUGUUGACAAGACAGGAAUAAUGACUCUUGUUAUGUUUUUGGCAAUUCAGGGAAAAUAUGUGCCACUUUUCCUACCACUCCACCCAGAUGAAAUUAGGGAAAUGUCAGGAGCUCAGACUGCAGUGGUUUAGUCAGAUGCCUGAUUUCCUUUGUAAAUCGUUUUCAUGUAUUUAGCUGCACAAUCCCUGCAAUGGCAGUUUCACAGCGCGAGAGUACAUUAGUGGCUCUGAAGGCUUUCAUAGAGACCAGUUUUAAUAUUGCUUCCUUAAUAUGUACUACUUAGUUGACACUAACAGUUGGCCCAUUAGAAGAUAUGUUCACCGCAGGCCAACAGAAUUUCCACUGUAUUUGUGAAAGUACUGUGAAGUACUCCUUUACUAGGCAAAGGUUUCUGCUCUUUGAUCCCAGCAGCUGACUAAAAUAAAUUUCCAGGAAAUGCAACUUAAAGGAGAAGACCUUCUGUUGACUUCAUUUAGGGUUGUCUUGGAGAUGAAAUCUGACUAAGUGAGGCAGUAGCUUCUGCUACCUUGUCCUGAGCUUCAAUAGUUCUCAUGAAAGAUCGAAUGCAUCUUCGUUAUAGCUACUUAACACUUUAUGGACGUUUGUUAGUACCAACCAGUUCAACUACAGUUCACAUUUUUCAAUGUUUUACCAAUGUUCACUCUUUCCCAAGGUCCCCUUUUAAUUAUUACUAUACUUUGAAUAAUCUCAGUAUAAAAAAAAUGAAAGCCAUUGAAAAUAAAUUAAGUAAAUACCUGCUUGGAAUUAAGAAUGUCAACAUAGAUUUCACUUGUCAACUGUAUUUUUGUUUGUUGAAAAGAGAAUAUUCAAGGUGUGGUGAUAAUUUUAGAGACAGAAUGUAUAAUGUAGAAAAUGUGCUAGAUUUCACAAGCCCUGAAUAUCACCCUUUCACUGUAGUUAAAGCUCUGAUAGAAUUGUGUUUGGACAAGAAAAGUUUUUCUGACCCACAGACAGUGUCUAUGCUUUUUAAUAUUGUUGUUUGAAGCUCUCUGGACACAUAUCUCGAGGGGUUGCUGCAGGAACCUGCAGAUGUCCGUCCACAUCUUAGCAUUCUUUGGCAAGCAAAGGGAAGCUCAUUAUUUGUUCUUGUUGUUUGUAUCAGUUUGAUGGUAGAGGCAUGGGGAUCUUCUGUCAGUUAUAACAUUUUUUUAACAUAUGUAUUUUAAUGCGUUCCAUAAUCACCUUUUGCUUCCUCCUCUUCCCUUAGGUGUCACUAUAUUAAGAUGUUAAUGUGUAUUCACCAUUAUUGACCUCUUAGAAGUUUGCUCCAAGUGUCAUGUGUGGUUUGCUAAAAAGGUGCUGGUAGGAUUUACUGGAUUUUACCAGGAGCCAGAAAGAGGGUAGGCAAUCUCUGGCCAGUCUAAACCUCAUAUCUUAAUAUUUGCUGGCAUUUUGCACACUACUGCAAGUAUGUUUGUCAGUGAGACUUUGAAACAAAUAUCACCUUGCAUAUUAUUCCAGCUUCCUUCAUCAAUUUAAACAUACAAAAAUCAGUAUAUUUUAUAUGUGCCUAUUUGAAUCCAGUAGUUUGUUCUGCCUAUUUAGGAUUAAAGGAAAUUGUUUUCAGUAUUUAUUAGAUUCUCCUAACAUUUCAGGAACUGAAAAGUUCCUGAAUUCCUCACAUGUCUGAAAAAGAAUAUCAUUGCAAGUAGAAACAGCAAAUCAUUGAUUCAGUACUGUACUGAGAUCCUUCUUGAAUUGAGAUUGUGAGAAGCACAAGAAAGAAAAAUAUAUGUUUAAGAUAAUGCAGUAACACCUCAACCAUAUCACUAUUUCUGAAUUCAUUCAAUUUUGUUCCUUUCCUUUUCUUAACUACAUUUUCAUCUUUUCUGAAAUGCAGCCUAUUUAAUAAAAUCAUUAUGCCCUUCAAGUGCAUGCAACAAAUUAAGAAGUAAUUAAAAUAUUAUCUGUAAGAGAUCACAGUAGGAAUCAUCUGGAGGGCUAAAUCUCCUUUCUUGAAAACGAGUCUGUGCUGGGGGUUGUUAAUAUUUUUUACCCACUUUUAUCCAUUAAAUACUGCUUUCUAAUUAUUGGAUGCUGUUGGGCUUUGGGGCUGCUAACUGUUGAAAUAAAAAAUGGCAAGGCCUGGGGGGGGUAAAUCAUAGGAAAACUCUGCUCAUCUAACUAUUGCACAUCCCUGCCACCAAACAAUUAUUGUCCACGGAAUACUAGACUAGCAAAAUCUAGACUACUGCUGUGCUAUAGGCAGAAAGCAAAAACUGAUCUACCUGCAGAGCAAGGAACAUGAUUAAAUGAGCUGUGCAACAGAUGACUAAUGAAGUAUUCUGCAUGCUUUGUAUGUUAUUGUUGUUUAGUCACACCAGGACCUCCUGUCUUCCACUGCCUCCUGGAGUUUGGUUUGUAUAAUCAUGAAAUUAAGCAUCUAGAAAAUACAUACCCAUUUUACAGAUUGAAAUUAAACAUAAGAAAGCAUGUAUACAAUUCAUCCAUUGUCAAGGGCUGCCCAAUGAAUCCAUGGUAGAGAACACUAAAAACUAGCAUGCGAAAAGUAUGUAUUCUUAUUCUCUUAAUAUGGUAUUGUUGUACACACUUUCUUGCUGUUUCCCAUGUAGCUAUGCACACACAGAGAGAGAGAGAGAGAGAGAGAGAGAGAAACCUUGACCUGGCUGUUCCUGAUGAAUAUUGCUAUGGUAUUCUCGAAGGCUUUAUUGCUAUGGUCUUGAGCUGUUGUCAUGUCUCUUCUUCACCCCUGGUAAGAAGAAGAAUUGAGCCAGCGGACACUGGACUAGAGAGGGAACAGAAGUUCUUGAGGCAGGAAAUACUGAGCAGACCUGGAAAUAGACUCACCACUAUCCUGAGAGCUACAGUUUGAACUACAGCUGCCUCUCUUGGCACAUACAGUGACCACACCAUUGCCAUUUUCACUACUAGAGAUUCCAUAGCAGCAUUAACUGGGUAUUCCUGUGGGGCACACUGCAACCAGAAGCCAGAGCAAGUCUGGGCAAGGCAGACAAGCAUUUAUUUGCCUUUGGUUAGGAUAAUGGUCACCACCAAGCACUAUGCCCCAUCUCCUCUUUAGAGCUCCACAGAGAUACAUAUAUUCCUUUCCUUGUUCCUGAAUGUUGAUAGUAUACAAGCAUAAACCAGUUUUUAAGACUAAAGUGAGCAAGAAAACUUACUUUACCAUCUUCUGCCUGGCAGUCUGGAGUCCAGCAAACCACACCCCUUGACUGGACAAACUCAAGAAAAUCUGCCAUCCAACUCUACCCCUAUAGCAUGAAUUUUUUAUUUAGUUUUGUGUGCCUUUCAGAAAUUGCUGAGAAAUUAAAGGAGAUCUUUGUUCUAACCUGAACUGCAUGGCAAAAUAAGGAACACUGAUGCUUGGCAAUCUGAUGUUAAUUUAGUAAGUCCAUAUUUAUAGAAUUCUUUAUGUGGGUUAUGAUAAUCACAUAUAUUAUUUAUGGACUCCAUUCUGUAUGUUAUAUGCAGUCAUAGAUACAUUCACUUUUAAACAUAAUAAUGAGCUUAAUAUAGCAAGGGAAAUAAGGUCUUCAGCAUCUGUCACUUUUCUAGCAAGUUUGUUUUUGUAUGUUUUUAAAUGAUUAAGAAGAGGAAGUACAGGUAUCACAAAUGUCAAGCAGAGUUUGCUAGUGAGAUUUGUAACUGUAUAUAUGUUUUAAUUACCUUAGCUGCACAUCUUGGCAAUGCACAGGUAAAAGACCAAAACAUUGACCAUUAGCUUGUUGCUGUUGCUGUAUUUUUUGCCAAUUUCUUUGACCGAUAUAUUUUCCUCCUUCCAAUUCCUUCUUUCAGAAGAAAAAGAGUGGAGGAGGUAUCUGUCUUUUUUCCCUAAUACUUCAACUUUUCUAGUACAUUUUGGAUUGUACUAACAUUUGGUUUAUACGAUUUACAGUAAGGUUUGUCAUUUAGAAAUGGUUUGGAUGCUUAAAAUUCUGUUUUUAAACAAUGGACCUUACUUUGCUGGAUUGCAAAGUGAAAGCUUUUUAAUAAGUAACAACUCUGUGGGCAGUGUUAAAGUGUCCACUUUAUGUUCCACUAUAAGAAGACGCUGAGCUGCUUGCUUUUGAAGGAGCAACUUUUUGACCUGGAAAAUAUAUGUUAGUCUGCAUUUUUAGUAGUUCAGAUAUUUUUUAGUGUUGCUCCCCUAAGAAUGUUAGGUUCUUCAAAUGCAAUCAGAAUAAAGAUCCUGGAGGAGAUUUUUCACAAAGACUUGUAGCUGGCUAGGCAUCUAAUUCCUGUACACUGACAAUAAGUACCUACUCUUCUGUCUCUUUCAUCAGAUUGCACCAGUGGGGACAUGAAUUCUGCUGACUUCAGUGCUCUGUGUUCUAGUUGCAGGCAGAUAUUUUUAAAAAUAGGAUUUUUAUGUAAUUUGUGAAGAGAAUUAGUUCAUAUAACUUUUGUUUCUCACAGCACCUGCAUAUUACAAUAAUAAUCUUGUAUUUAUAGAAGUUUGACAGUGUGAACCAACUCUCAUUCAGAUGCCUAUCUCUUAUAAAACUUAGAAUCCUGUUGUACUGCAAGAAAGCAGUGCAGAUCAAAUGCUAAUUGCUUUUUCACAGAAGCUUUGUUAAAUGCCUUCAUUUUAGCAAAGUAUUUACAAUGUUGUUACUACAGCUCCCUCAGCUGGUAAUUUUUCAAGACUCUGCCUGUCUUACCCAGAGAACCCUCUUUUAUUAUCACACGACAUUGCUACUCCACAUGCCUCCCUCCAGAAAACAUGGUGUUACCAUAGGUACCUCUGCAUAGAAUCAUAGAAUAAUGGAGUUGGAGGGGGCCAUCAAGUCCAACCCGCUGCUCAGUGGCCUUGAACUAGAGGUACACAUGAAGUAGAAGGAGCUGAUCCUCUAGGAAUCAAUGCUAGCAUUAUUGCAGUGUCUGCAGCAGUUCACUGGGCUGGAAGGGGACUGAGCAAUAUUCUGAGCAGGAAAAUAAUCCAACUCGCCUUUGGUCUACUCAAAGGGCCCUGUUCUGAAUGUACAGAAAGUGAGGGGUGUAUUUGAUAAAGAUUUUAUUGCAUGCUGGCAGACACAUGUCACCUCUUUUCCAAGCCCCCCAUGACCAUAUUUUAGAAAUUUGUAAGCCAGAGUUUUGUAAUAUCAGUGCAAAUCAAACCAUAAUCAGCUUUUUAUUCCAUAUAUAAUAAUAUAGUUUCAGAUUGAGCACUCCUUUGGGCCUUACUUUCCCCUUAAAUGUUUCGGGAAAGGGUAGCGGGCUUAGCAAAAGACAUACUGUCCAAAGGAUACGAGACAGAUAUUUCUGAACGUGGCUCAGUCACCCACGUAUUUUACAGGCCCAAAUCUGAUAUGGCACACUUGUUUCUGACUCUUUGAGAAAUAUUAAAAUAUGGAUGUCAGGGAAAGUGCACUCUUCCUUCCAUAGUCAUAUCUUAAAAAUGCAAAGUAGUGAAAAUUAAUGUCUCAAGCAGCCUAAAGACUUUAAAACUAGCCAUGCCUAAAAAGAAAAAAAUCAGUUUAACUGAAGAAAAACUACUUUUCCCCCCGAGAGGUGUACAGAAUAGUGAGUCUUGUUAAUCAUGCUUCAGAAACCAGUUUGGAUAAGUUACUAUUCAGUGGGAUAACUACAGAGACUUAUGUAUAUGGAUGAACACAUCUGGUGAAUCAGUCUCUGGACCAAGGACAUUUGUGGUGCUGUAAUCCAGACCGCUUGUUCUUGUCUUUGCACAGAUGCUACAAAUAUCCUUAUAUAAUUCUGUAGCAGAAGUCAGCUUUCCAUAGGUAGAUGUCCAUGCAUACGGUAAUGAAUAUCUCAAUGCCUAAUCUAUAUGCACAAAUCUCAUGAAUUGAGUAUAUAAUGUAAAUAGUUCCACAAAGAUAUGGCUGUUGCAUGGUAAAGUAAGAAGGAUAUAGACAUUAUUGUAUACGACUGUCUGGUGAAUACAAGGAAAUUCUGCUAAAGAAUAGGGCAGUCAUAUCCAAACUAAGCCCUAUUCAGCACCUGGCCCCACCACUCUUCACAGUGACAGCUCCAGCUAUAAAGAGAAGAACAGUCCUGUGCAAGACUUUGUACAAGAGCAAGAAUCCCACUUUUCUAGGAGCCUUGCUACACAUGAGCAGCAACCUGUCCUCUGUGGUUCC